AUGUCAGAGCCAAACCAGACCGUAUUGUCCUAUUUUGUUAUUAAGGGGUUUUCGGAUGUCCCACAACUUCAAGUUCUUAUCUUCCAUUUGGUUCUGCUCAUUUAUCUCGUCACACUUGGUGGUAAUGUGGCAAUUCUUCUGCUGGUCUGCUGGGACUCUCAUCUUCAUACUCCCAUGUACUUCUUCCUGUGUAACCUUUCUGUCCUGGACAUAUCUUCUAUCAAUGUCACUCUUCAUCAGAUCUUUGCUAAUUUUAUAAUAGGACAGAGUACUGUUUCACAUAUGGCUUGCAUGGUCCAGGUAUGCAUGUUUUCAUGGUUUUCUGGGAAUGAGCUGGUACUACUGACUGCCAUGAGUUAUGACCGGUAUGUGGCCAUCUGCAAUCCCUUGCAGUAUCCGUUGACCAUGAACCUUAGAUUUUGCAUUCGCAUGGCCAUGUUCUGUUGGAUGUGGAGUCUGGGCUUGGUCAUUCCUCCUGUUAUCAUACUAGCACGUUUUUCUUGUUACAUAUCUAACAAAAUCAACCACUUCUUCUGUGACAUUAUCCCAUUGAUGAACCUUUCCUGCAGUGACACCUCUAUUUUGGAAUUGUUGAUAUUUACAGAAGGUGUCCUUUUUUCAACUUUCACUCCUUUUAUUCUCACGUUCACCUCCUAUGUUUUCAUUAUAACCACCAUAAUGAGAAUAAAGACCAACACCGGGAGACGCAAAGCCUUCUACACAUGCUCUUCACACCUUACAAUUGUCAUUAUGCUGUAUGUCAUUCUCAUUUGUCAGUACAUGGUACCAACAUCAACAAGUGCUUCGAAAUAUAAUAAGCUUUUCUCUUUGUUUAACACAGCCGGCGUUCCCAUGCUAAACCCUUUGGUUUAUAGCUUGAAAAAUCAAGACGUAAAAUCUGCCGCAAAACGUAUCCUGAAAUGCUGUAAAAUGGCGUUUUGA